CCCCCCCCGAGCCCCCAGGACCCCGCAGCAGCCCAACAUGGCGGCGCCCAGCGGCGAUGGCGAUGGCGAUGCGCCGGCAGCUUUCUGCGAGUGGCUCAGCAAGAGGCUGGAGCAGCUGGAAAUCGACGAGGACGUGUACGGGACUUACAUCAACGGCAUAUUGCGGGAGGAGGAGAACGAAGUGGAGAAGUGCGACGCUCUCCAGGGCAUUCUGUCCGCAUUCAUGGAUGAAGAUUCAUUAUCAAACAUUUGUGAAGAAAUAAUCCAAAAAUGGUCUGAGACAACAAACAGUAUUUUAGCCAAGAAGAAAGUUGAAGAUGAAGUACAAACUAUUGCAAAUAUGAUUGAGAAACAGGCCAAGAUUGUUGUGAGGCCGAAGGGCAUUUCGGAAGAGGAGAAAUCAAGGAAAGCUGCACUCCUGGCACAAUAUGCAAACGUGACUGAUGAGGAGGAUGACGAUGAAGAAACACAAGGAGCAACUGGAUCCUUCCACUUUAGUAAUGAUAAAUCUCUUUUCAAAAACACAAACGCUGCAGCUGUUCUCGUUGCNAAAAAAGCCGAAAGGGAGAAAGCUAAAGAAGAUUCACAAAAGAAAAAGGAGCAAGAUAAACUGCAACGAGAGAAAGACCAGCUUGCGAAACAGGAAAGAAAGGAAAAGGAAAGGAAGAGAACGCAGAAAGGAGAACGAAAGCGAUAGCUUUGUUUCCCCACAAAAAUUGCCUAAUUUCAGUGGACUGACAGUAAGAAUAUUCUGAGGGGCAAAUGUUGCACGCACAAGUAUUGUGCAGUUUAACUUUUUGGGGUGCUCUGGUAACAUUUAAAAACCUCAUGGAAGCAAUGGAUUGAAAGGAAACACCACUUUGCUAUUUUUCUUCACAAAUGCCAAAUUUUUCCACUCUGUAUCAUUGAAAGUACAAAGUCACUAAAAUAUUCAUUAAAAAAUUUAGAUCUUUAUAUAAAAAAAAUCUUAAUUUUGUUUAUCAAAUGUUUCAAGAAGCAGGGAGGGUAAAACACCACAUAUACCUCUAGUUAUUGAAUAUUCAAUAAUUGAAUCUAUCCUGAAAUCUCUAGAAGAAACGCUAACAUUUUUCUAGUUCAUAGGAUGUCACACGAUAUAACAGCUUAUCGCCUUGAGUAGUCACAUGAAGGAACAUGCAAGUUUUUAGCGCCCUUGUGUCUAAAUACUCUGAAUGUGCUUUACUAUAAUUACUAUGAAAUUCAGUUUCUUUUAUAAAAUAAAUAGUCCUUGUAUUUGA